GUUGGAUGCAUGCUAUGACUGAAGUGGUUGACAAAGAUCCGGGGCUAUUGGUGGUACACAGAAGUAAUGAGGAUGGGAGGAAAGCUGCUGCUCUGAAAGGGAGAAAAUGGGCUGGAGGAAUUGGGAUACCUUCAAGCUGGGAGGGGGCUCAAAAUUGGUAUUCAUUUCUGAGCAGCUGCUGGUAUGUCAGAGGCUUGGAAUUGGCAUGGUAAAUCUAAAACCGUCUCAGCAGUGGUUAGCUGACCUCACCCAAGUUCCAAGCCCUACUCUGCUUGAUCCUUUUUUCUUGAGCCUCAGAGCUAAAAUGUUCCUGAGCUCUUUCCUAUUGGCUGGGCAGACCAAUUGAAGUUCCCUUGCCCAUGUUAGGAGGUGUACGCCUCCUGAACUAAAGAUAGAAACAGCUGGCCCUUCCAGGCAGCUAAAAGCCUCCAGACUAAGAGGUGUUCCCCACUCGGCAGCCAGACUCCUUGAAACACCCUUUCAAUAAUUCUACCAACGCCUCCAUGUCUCUACUCUGCCGUAACAAAGGCUGUGGGCAGCGCUUUGACCCCCAAACCAACCUUCCUGAUUCCUGUUGCCAUCACCCUGGGGUCCCAAUCUUCCAUGAUGCACUUAAGGGUUGGUCCUGCUGCCGGAAGCGAACUGUAGAUUUCUCUGAGUUCUUAAACAUCAAGGGCUGUACUGUGGGACCACACUGUGCUGAGAAGCUCCCUGAGACCCCUCAACCUGAGGGCCCUGCGACAAGCAGUUCACUUCAGGAGCAAAAACCUCCGAAUACGAUUCCAAAGUCAGCAGAGACUUUGCGCCGAGAGAGGCCCAAGUCAGAGUUGCCUCCAAAGCUGCUUCCGCUAAAUAUAUCCCAAGCCCUGGGAAUGGCACUGGAACAGAAGGAAUUAGACCAAGAACCUGGAGCAGGACUUGACAGUAGUCUGAUCCAGACUGGUGCCAGCUGCCAGAACCCAGGAUGUGAUGCUGUUUACCAAGGCCCGGAGAGUGAUGCUACUCCAUGUACCUACCACCCAGGAGCACCUCGAUUCCAUGAGGGGAUGAAAUCUUGGAGUUGUUGUGGUAUCCAGACCCUGGAUUUUGGGGCAUUCCUGGCACAGCCAGGGUGCAGAGUUGGUAGACAUGACUGGGGGAAGCAGCUGCCAGCGUCUUGCCGUCAUGAUUGGCACCAGACAGAUUCCUUAGUAGUGGUGACUGUAUACGGCCAGAUUCCACUUCCUGCGUUCAACUGGGUGAAGGCCAGUCAAACUGAGUAUGGUGUAGCUGAUGUGAAGACUUCAAGUGCUGCAGCCCUUUUGCUACCAAGAAGGGAGUCAGAUUUACAGUGGAGCUCGCACUUUGGAUGACUGAACUGACAGAUGGAAGGAAAUUAGGUCCCUGGUGAUAUUGUUGAUCCACAAAAUCAAACCAAUUUCAGAGCUCACUCAUCCCCUGGAAUUUGCAGUUAUUUGAACUGAUAAAUCCUCUUUAUUUAUUUAUUUAUUUAUUUAGCGGUACGCGGGCCUACUCACUGUUGUGGCCUCUCCCGGUGCGGAGCACAGGCUCAGGACGCGCAGGCUCAGCGGCCAUGGCUCACAGGCCUAGCCGCUCUGCGGCAUGUGGGAUCUUCCCGGACCGGGGCAUGAACCCGUGUCCCCUGCAUCCGCAGGUGGACUCUCAACCACUGUGCCACCAGGGAAGCCCUACAUCCUCUUUAUUGUUUAAGCCUAUUGGAGUUGGGUUUUCUGUUACUUACCAAUAAAAAGGCAUAUGUACUUAAAUUUUCUUUUCUUUUUUAAGAAAUUUUUAUUGGAGUAUAGUUGAUUUACAAUGUUGUGUUAGUUUCAGGUGUACAGCAAAGUGAUUCAGUUAUACAUGCAUUCAAAAAUAUGGAACGCUUCACGAAUUUGCAUAUCAUCCUUGCGCAGGGGCCAUGCUAAUCUUUUGUAUCGUUCCAAUUUUACUAUGUGUGCUGCCAAAGUGAGCACACUUUAAAAUUUUUUUGAUAAGUUGCCUUACAAAAAAUAUACCAAUUUACAAUCCAACAACAGAAUAUGAGAGUGUUUCUCCACAGCCUCGCCAAAACAAUAUAUUAUCAAACUUUCUGAUAUUGCCAUCUUUCUAGGAAAAGAGUGGUAUCUUAACACAAUCUUUUUAUCAUGAGUAGGGUUAAGCUUUUUUUGGUUUGUUUGUUUUUUUUUGGCUGCGCUGUGUGGCAUGUGUAUCUUACUUCCCCAACCAGGGAUUGAACACGUCCCCCCUGCAGUGGAAGUGCAGAGUCCUAACCGCUGGACCACCAGGGAAUUCCCUAAGCUUUCUAAUAUACUUAGAAGUCACAUAUAUUUCUUUUCGUGUGUGUGUGUGUGUGUGUGUGUGUGUGUGUGUGUGUAUUGCUCAUGUCCUUUGCCUAGUUUUCUAUUUCUAUUUCUCUUUUUUAUUGCUUUGUAAAAGCUGUUUGUAUUCUAGGUAAAUCAGGCCUCUGUUAUGUGGGUUGAAAUAUAUUUUCUGAAUUUCUCCUUUGGCCUUUGAUUUUCUUUUUGCAUUUUUUAUGGUAAAAAAUAUGUAACAAAAUUUACCAUUUUAAAGUGUACAAUUCAUUGGCAUUAAGUACAUUCACAAUGUUGUAUAAUCUUCACCACUAUUUAUUUCUAGAACUUCUUCAUCAUCCCAAAGAGAAACUCUGUACCUAUUAAACAGUAAUUCUCCAUUGUCCCUUCCCAACAGCCGUGGUAAACUCUAUUCUACUUUUUGUCUUUUUUUAAUAUAAAUUUAUUUAUCUUUAUUUUUGUCUGCGUUGGGUCUUCGUUGCUGCGUGUGGGCUUUCUCUAGCUGAGGCGAGCGGGGGCUACUCUUGGUUGCAGUGCGCGGGCUUCUCAUUGCAGUGGCUUCUCUUGUUGUGGAGCACAGGCUCUAGGUGUGCAGGCUUCAGUAGUUGUGGCACAUGGGCUCAGUAGUUGUGGCUUGCAGGCUCUAGAGUGCAGGCUCAGUAGUUGUGGUGCAUGGGCUUAGUUGUUCCACGGCAUGUGGGAUCUUCCCGGACCAGGGCUUGAACCCAUGUACCCUGCCUUGGCAGGCGGAUUCCUAACCACUGCGCCACCAGGGAAGCCCCCUUUUUGUCUUUAUGAAUUUUCCUAUUGUACGUACCUUAUAUGAGUGUAAUUGUACAAUAUUUGAACUUUUCUGUCUUAUUUCAUUUAGCAUAAUGUUUUCAAGAUUCAUAUUUAUUGUAGCAUAUAUCAGAAUGUCAUUCCUUUUUAUGGCUGAAUAAUAUUCCAUUGCAUGUAUAUACCAAAUUCUAUUUAUCCAUUCAUCUGUUGAUGGACACUUGGGUCAUUUCUACCUUUUGGCUAUCGUGAAUAAUGCUGCUGUGAACAUUGGUGUACAAGUAUCUGUUUGUGUCCUUGCUUUCAAUUUCUUUGGGAGUGGAGUUUUUGUAUCAUAUGGUAAUUCUAUGUUUAACUUUCUGAGAAACCACCAAACUAUUUCCCACAGUAGCUGCAAACAUUUUUACCUUUCCACCAGCAAUGUACAAAAGUUCCAAUUUCCUUUUUAAAAAAAAUUUAUUUUUUUAAAAAUAAAUAAACAAUUUUUAUUUUUUUAAAUAAUUUUUAUUUUUUAAAAUAAAAUAAAAAAUUUUUUUAAUUUUUAAAAAAAUUUUAAAAAGAAUUUUUAUUUUUUAAAAUAAAAUAAACAAUCUCCAACAAGCUUGGAGAUUGUUGUUGUUGUUAUUGUUUUCAGAUUCCACAUAUGAGAGAGAUCAUAUGGUAUUUGUCUUUCUCUGUAUGACUUAUUUCACUUAGCAUAAUGCCCUCGAGAUCCAUCCAUGUUGUUGCAAAUUGCAAGAUUUCAUUCUUUUUAAUGACUGAAUAAUAUAUAUUUAUUUAUCCAUUCAUCCAUUGAUAGUUACAUUGUUUCCAUAUCUGAGCUAUUGUAAAUAAUGCUGCAAUGAACAUGGGGGUGCAUACAUCUUUUCAAAUUAGUAUUUUUGGGUUUUUUUGGAUAAAUACCCAGAAGUGGAACUGCUGGAUCAUAUGGUAGUCCUAUUUUUAAUUUUUUGAGGAACCUCCAUACUGUUUUACAUAGUGGUUGCAUCAAUUUACAUUCCUACCAACAGUGCACAAGUGUUCCCUUUUCUCCACAUCUUUGCCAACAAUUGUUAUUUCUUGGGUUUUUUGUGUGUGUUUGUUUUUUUAUUUGUAAUAGUCAUUUUAACAAGUGUGAGGUGAUAUCUCAUUGUGGUUUUGAUUUGCAUUUCUGUGAUGAUUAAUGAUGUUGAUCAUCUUUUCAUGUACCUGUUAGUCAUCUGUAUGUGUUCUCUGGAGAAAUGUCUUGUUCAGAUCUUCUGCCCAGAUUGUUUUUUGUUUUGCUAUUGAGUUGUAUGAGUUCUUUGUAUUUUUCAGAUGUAUGAUUUGUAAUUAUUUUCUCCAUUCAAUAGGAUGCCUUUUCAUUUUGUUGAUAAUUUCCUUUGCUGUGCACAAGCUUUUUAGCUUGAUGUAGUCCCACUUGUUGAUUUUUGCCUUUGUUGCUUUUGCUUUUGCUGUCAGAUUCAAAAAUUCAUCACCAAGACCAAUGUCAAGGAGCUUACCACGCAUAUUUUCUUCUGGAUGUUUUAUGGUUUCAGGUCUUACGUUUAAGUCUUAACCAUUUUGAGUUAAUUUUUGUGUAUGGUGUAAGAUAGUGGUUUAGUUUCAUUCUUUUGCAUGUGGCUGUCCAGUUUUCCCAACACCAUUUAUUGAAGAUACUGUCCUUUCUUCAUUGUAUAUUCUUGUCUCCUUUGUCAUAAAUUGACUAGAGUUCCAGUUUCUUCACAUCCUCAACAACACUUGUUAUUUUCCAUUUUUUAUCAUAGCCAUCCUAAUAAGUAUGAAGUUGUAUCACAUUGUAAUUUUGAUUUGCAUUUCCCUAAUGAUGUGUUGAGCAUAUUUUCAUGUGUUUAUUGGCCAUUUGUAUAUAUCCUCUUUGAAAAAAUAUCUAUUCAAGCUCUUUGCCCAUCUUUUUUUUUUUUUAAUAUUUAUUUAUUUGGCUGUGCCGGGUCUUAGUUGCAGCAUGCGGGAUCUUUGUUGCCACGUGAGAGAUCUUUAGUUGCGGCACGCGGGAUCUUUAGUUGUGGCAUGAGGGAUCUAGUUCCCUGACCAGGGAUUGAAUCCGGGCCCCCUGCAUUGGGAGCCUGGAGUCUUAAGCACUGGACCACCUGGGAGGUCCGUUUGCCCAUCUUUGAAUUGGGCUGUUUGUUUUUUUGUUCUGAGUUGUGGGAGUUCUUUUUCUAUUCUGGAUAUUAUUCCCUUAUCAGAUAUAUGAUUUGAAAAUAUUUUCUCGCAUUCCAUACAUUAUCUUUUCACUUCCUCGAUAGUAUCCUUUGAUGCACAAAAGAUUUUAAUUUUGAUACAUUCCAAUUAUCUAUUUUGUUGUUGUUGUUGCCUGUGCUUUUGUUGAAAAGCCUGUCAAUUUCCUAUUGAAUCUUCUGGCACCUUGUUGAUAAUCAAUUAACUAUAUAUGUGAAAGUUUAUUUCUGGGCUGUAUGUUCUAUUCCAUUGAUCUAUAUUUCUUUCCUUAUGCCAGUACCACACGUCUUGACUACUGUAGCUUUGUAGUAGUUGGUAGUUUUGAAAUAUGGAAGUGUGAGUCCUCCAACUUUGUUAUUUUUUCAAGACUGUUGUGGCCAUUCAGGGUCCCUUCAGAUUCCAAAUGAAUUUUAGAAUGGAUUUUUCUAUUUCUGCAAAAAAUUCCAUUGGAAUUUUGAUCAGGAUUUACUGAAUCUGUAGAUCACUUUUUUCCCUACAACUGUGUGUGUAUGUGUGUAUACAUACAUAUAGAUAUAAUUUAUUGAGAUGAUCAUGUGAUUUUUAAACCCUUUAUUAUGUUAAUAUCAUAUAUCACAUUGAUUGAUUUGCAUAUGUUGAACCAUCCUUGCAUCCCAGGGAUAAAUCCCACUUGGCCAUUGUAUAUGAUCCCUUUAAUGUGCUGUUGAAAUAAGUUUGCUAGUAUUUUGUUGGGGACUUUUGCAUCCAUGUUCAUCAGGGAUGUUGGCCUGUAGUUUUCUUUUCUUGUGGUGUCUUUGUCUUGCUUUGGUAUCAGGGUGAUGCUGGCCUCAUAGAGUGAGUUAUGAAGUAUUUCCUCCUCUUCAAUUUUUUAGAAGAGAAUGAGAAGUACUGGUAUUAAUUCUUCUUUAAAUGUUUGAUUGAAUUCACCAGUGAAGCCAUCUAAUCCUGAGUGUUUCUUUGUUGGGAAGUCUUCAAUUACUGACUAAAUCUCCUUACUAGUUAUAGGUCUUUUCAGAUUUUCUGUUUCUUUACGGGCCAUUUUUGGUAGAUUGUCUGUGAAAGGGACAUACUCAUUUACUCUACUCAUAGAAUACUUCUGUAUUCCAAAUGUGUGAGUGUUUUUCCCACACCAAGAAAUUCUCCAGAUCUCAGCGGACACCAACUGGGUGUUCUAUAGUUUAACUCAAUUCUGACACUAUCUAACUGGAGAUAGCAUCAGAUCCCACAAUUUAAGUGCUCAGUCCCACAAGUGUGCCCCCACUUCAGAUGCCAAUUGCAAGUCCAGGUUGUCAUUUGUGUUUCUGACUAAGCAGCUACAUAUUGGAGGUUCCCACAACCCCCUUCUUGAGUUUGAUAACUUGCUAGAAUGGCUCACCGAACUCAGGAAAACAGUUUACUUACUAGAUUACUGGUUUGUUAUAAAAGGAUAAAAAUCAGAAAUAGCCAGAUGGAAGAGAUACAUAAAGUUAUGGGGGAAGGAGUGCAGAGCUUCCAUGACUCCUCUGGGUGCGAUACCCUCUCAGUACCUCCACAUGUUCAUCAAUCUGGAAGCUCUCCAAACUCCUUUGGUUAGGAUAUUUCUGGGAGUGCAUGUUUGAUAUGCAUGUUUGAUUCAAUCAUUGGCCAUUGGUGAUUACAUCAAUCUCCAGCCCCUCUCCCUUGGAGGUCAGGGGAUGGGGCUGAAAGUUCCAAUCCUCUAAUCACAUGGUUGGUUCCCCUGGCUAUCACCUCCCAUCCUGAGGCUAUCCAGAAGCCCUGAGCCAGCAUCCAUCUGGUUUAUAGUCUUGUUCAAGUCUUCUGUUUCUGCAUUGAUCUGUCUGGUUGCUUGGCUGAUCAAGUUGUCCUUGUUCCUUUUUUCCCUCUAAUUCUAGUUCUUAUUUCUAGUCAAUGAGUAAUAACCCCUAUAUUAAAAACAUAUUUAAACUUACACUUUUUCUGUACAUAGCAAUAAUUAUUUAGUACCUAUAGUUCUCCCCUCAUAUUUCUUUCCCACCUCUAAUGUUUUUGUAAAAUUAGUUGAAAUUUUGGUUCUAGGCUUAUUAAAAUUCUUGGCUACAUUAUACCUUUUAUUUUAGGAAUCCUUUUUUUUUUCUUUUUAAAUUUUUUUUAGCAAUCCUUUCUUAACUAUUGUACAACAGUCAAAACCAUAUUAUCAGAAAUUAUUUAUUUUUAGUGUUAUUUACUUUUAUGAAUAUUUACAUAGUUUCAAAAUUUCAAACGUUUUAAGAGGGUAUACAAUUUAAAAAUCUCCUUCUCACUCUUGUUCCCAAGCCAUACAGGUUCUCCUUCUAGGAAACAACUAAAGUUAUCAGUUUCUUGAGAAUCUUUUCAGAGAUAUUCUAUGCAUAUACAAGCAAACAUUCAUGGUCUUUCUUUUAAUUUUUUUCUUAUCCAAAUGAUAGCAUACCAUCCACAUGUUCUGAAUCUUGCUUUUGUCUUAACGAUAUAUCUUGGAGGUCAUACCAAAUUAUGCAUUUUUAAACCUUUCAUUGUGGAAAUUUUCAAACAUGUACAAAGAAGAGAGAAUAGUAUAAUGAGCCCCGAUGAACCCAUCACCCAUUUCAAUAAUAACGAACACUCUGUUAUUAUUGUCUUAUUUAUCCCUCGCAUUUAUUAUCAUUAAUAUUAUUAUUAUUAAAACUUUGCUGGAGUAUUUUAAAGCAUAUCCUAGAUAUAUCAUUUCACUUUUAAAUAUUUUGGCUCAUAUCUUUAAAAGAUAAAGACUUAAAUACAACCACAAUAACAUUAUCACACUCAAUAAAAUGUAUAAUUUCUCAAUAUCAUCUAAUACCUAGUUUGUAUUUAGUUUUCCUUUAGUAGCUCAAAAAUGUUUUACUUUGCAGCUGUCAACCUUCAGAUUUUUUUAAAUUAAUUAAUUAAUUAAUUUGACUGCCGUUGGGUCUUCGUUGCUGCGCACGGGCUUCCUCUAGUUGCAGCAAGCAGGGGCUACUCUUUGUGGCGGUGCUCAGGUUUCUUAUCGUGGUGGCUUCUCUUGUUGUGGAGCACGGGCUCUAGAUGCGUGGGCUUCAUUAGUUGCAGCACGCAGGCUCAGUAGUUGUGGCUCAUGGGCUCUAGAGCACAGGCUCAGUAGUUGUGGCGCACGGGCUUAGUUGUUCCAUGGCAUGUGGGAUCUUCCCAGACCAGGGCUCGAAUCCGUGUCCCCUGCAUUGGCAGGCGGAUUCUUAACCACUGUGCCACCAGGGAAGCCCCAUCCUUCAGAUAUUUUUAUUGACAAUUUUGGAAGCUCUGCCACUCCCACUCCUUGUUUCCCUUAAGCUCUUUUUCCUAUUUGACACUGUUGGCUAUUCCUCAUAACUUUUAAAGCUAUUCUGCAUGUUCUUCUGUUCUAAAUCCUUUUUUAUUUUUUCUUGGCUCCUCUACUUCCUCCUACCUGUACCCUUGAGACCCAAUGUUGAACUCUUCUCUUUUUCUUUAACUUUCCUUUUCAGGUAACUAAUCUACACUACUGUUUCAACUAUCACCUUUGCUUGAAACUAAUAUAAUACUGUCAAUCAACUAUACAUCAAUUUAAAAAUAAACAUCACCUUUGUUAAUGACUAAAAUCUUCAUCUCUAGCCCAGGCCUCUCAUCCAAACUCCAGUUCUCUAUUUCUAACUGCCUACAGGACACUUCUGCAUGAAAGCCCUAUUGUAAACUCAAACUGAAAAUAUCUAAAAUUGAGCUUACUAUUUCCCCCAUGCCAAGUAAUUCUCUUCGUUUCCUCCUUUCUGAUAAUGGAUAUUUCAUUCUCCCUGUUCCUAAGCUUAAUAUCCUAAUUAUUUCUAACCUGUGUUUCUCUUUCAUUCCCCUUAUUCAGUUAGUUACCAAGUUCUAUUGAUUCUUUCCUUGUAGUGACUCUAGCUUCUCUCCAGUCUCACUGUUAUUCUCCAAAAUCUAAUCUCGGACCUUCAUAGGUAACUUAGCUACCAUUUAGCAUUAUGCUGGAAGUCUUGACCAAUGCCAUGAAAUGAGAAAUCAAAAUAAGAGGUAUAAAUACUGGCAAGGCAAAGACAAAACUGUCAGGACUUCCCUGGUGGUGCAGUGGUUAAGACUCCACGCUCCCAAUGCAGGGGGCCCGGGUUGAUCCCUGGUCAGGGAACUAGAUCCCACAUGCCACAACUAAGAAGCCUGCAUGCUGCAACUAAGGAGCUAGCGAGCUGCAACUAAGGAGCCCACCUGGUGCAACCAAAUAAAUAAAUAUUAAGAAAAAGACAAAACUGUCAUUAUUUCCAGUUGAUAUGAAAAUCCAAGAGAGUCAACUUACAAGUUAUUAAAAAAGAAAUAUUUACAUGCAAGAUGGCCACUUAUAAAAUAUAUCUAAAUCAAUAACUUUCUAUAUAAGCAAUAACUAAGUAGAAAAUGAAAUUUCAUUCACAACAGUAACAAAAGCUAUAAAAUAUAUAAGAAUAUAGGCAAUGUUCUCUUAUAUAGGAGAGGAUAAAAAAAGCACUAAGCAUAAAAGAAAAAUUUGAUUGGACAUCAUCAAAAUUAACUUCUGCUAUUUCAUUUAAGAAAAUGAAAGGCAAGCCACAGAGUGGGAGAAAAUAUUCACAAUACCUAUUCUGAUAAAGGAUUUGUAUCCAGAAUAUAUAAAGAGCUUUUACAACUCCAAAUAAGAAAACAACCUAAUAGCAAAAUAGGCAAAAGAUUUGAACAGACACUACACCAGGAAAGAUGUAUCAAUAGCAAUUAAGUAAAUGAAAAGCUGCUCAAGUCAUUGGGCAUCAGGGAAAUGCAUGUGAAAUACCACUAUAUAUACCCACUAGAAUUGCUAAAUUAAAAAGACAAUACUAAGUGAUGGUGAAGAUGUGGAGCACCGGGACUCUUAUACAUUAGAAUUUUAAAUGGUACAACCACUUUGCUGUACUAUUUGAUAGUUUUUUAAAAUGUUAAACAUACAAAGUUAAACAUACACCUACCCAAUGACCCAACAAUUCCACUCUUAGGUAUCCCUCAAGAGAAAUGAAAACAUAUGUCCACAAAAAGACUGAUUGAUGAAAGAAAUGUUCAAAUAUUGAGGUAUGGGGAAGUCAUUCUGGCUUGAGUUAACUUGAAUUUUAUGCACACAGCCUGUUUGUGGCCUAACAAACAUAGAUUGUAACUCUGCUUUAGUUAUUAAAGAAAAGGAUGCAUUGACCAGAAGUAAACAAUGUCCAUGUUAAAAAUAAAGAUUAAAUGCCUCCCUUCCUGAGAUGCCAAUACUGAUACUCCUUCCAUGAUAAGACUCCCUUCCCAGGUGCCAAGGCCAGUACUGACUCGCUGUGCACAUGCUGAUUUGGUUUUUGGUUUGUUUUUGGAAACCUUGAAAGAAUGUAUCUAUGACUUGUUUGAUGUUCUUUGCUCUGACCAGAUACAAAAUUGUGAUGAAAACCAUGCUUAUCUGGAGCAGUUCUUCAGGGUUAUCUGAGAGGCUGUCUUCUGGGCUACAGUCCUCAGUUUGGCUCAAAUAAAACUCUUUUCUCUUCCUAUUAUAGAUUAUUUUUUAUUUUCGUCAACAAGACUUAUAUACAAUAUUCAUAGCAACUUUAUCCAUAAUGGCCCCAAACUAGAAAAAAUUGCUAUAUAUCCUUGCGAUUGAAUGCUACUAAGCAAUAAAAGGGAAUGAACUACUGUUAUGCCCCACAACACGAAUAAAUCUCAGAAAUAUUAUGCUGAGAAAAUAAUUAGCAGCUCAUGGUUUUUGAAAAAUCAAAAUACUUAUACAAGUUAAGAAGGUAACUAUCAAGCUAUCAUAUACAAUGUGAUGAAAGAAAUUUUCACAUAUUGAGGUAUGAGGGAAGUCAUUCUGGCUUAUACAUGAUUUAACUUGAAUUUUAUGCUAGCUAAAACAACCUGCUUGUGGCCUAUCAAACAUACAUCGUACACCUGCUGUAAUUAUUAAAGAAAAGGGUACACUGACCAGAAAUAAUGUCCAUAUUAAAAAUAAAGAUUAAAUGCCUCCCUUUUGGGAUACUAGUGCUAGUACUCCUUUGAUGAUAAGACUCCCUUCCCAGGUGCCAGGGCCAUAGAGACUCACUGUGUAUGUACUGAUCUGCUUUUUUUUGAAACUCUGAAGGAAUGUAUCCCUGACUUAUUUGAUGUUCUUUGUUCUGACAAGAUAUAAAACUGUGCUGAAAACCAUGCUUCUCUGGAGCAGUUGCUCAGUUAUCUGAGAUAUCCUAUUCCAAAAAAAAAAAAAAAAAAGGACACAAAAGAGUAAA